UUGACGUUGGUUCAAACUUCCCCUCAAGUUCAAGUAACGUUAGCUGGCUGACAAACUUCAGCCUGCUUCCUGCAGCUGUGUGUAACCUCUGCUGGACGGUUUAGUGAGCGAGUGGCUGGACACACCGUUGAUAUAUGCCUACUUAAUUGUUUAAUAUUAAUUAUUUGGGCUGAAAACUAAAGGAAACAGUGGACCGUUUUUUUGUUUUUUUUCUCCUCUCUUUGAUUUGACCUAGAUUUGUUUUGUUUCCAGCUGGAGCCCUACAUGGUUAGGUGGUUAUAGUUAGCUAAUCCGAGGAGAUAACUAGCUUAAUCCGAGUUUGUUAAUCCGUUCACACUUCUCUUCAGGGACAGGAGGAGGAGGAGGAGGAGUGGGAGAGUAUUUGGUCCAACGUCAGUCAAGAGCUCAACAAGUAUCUAACCAAAACUUUAAAGUUCAGUAGCUAGUAAAUUGGACAUUGUUAGGACCGAAUGGGAACUUAAUUAGCGGCUGGAAGUAUGCGGAGUAAACCCGGCGUCGUUAAACACAGGGCAGCGGCGGUAGGUGCCACCGGCGGAAUGCAGCUCCUUUGGGCAUGAAACUUCAACCCGACUCCGAACCAAAGGAAAGGAAGCGACACGAUGGCAGUCUGCGGAAGGAGGAAUCGACCCAAGUUACUUUUCUGCCUCUUCGGCGUCACUUUGGUGGGAUAUGUCGUCUUUUUCAGACACAACUCCGGAGACGUGAGCGCGACGAAUCGGCGAGAGGCCCCCGGGGAGCGAGAGGUGGACAACGAACAGCUCAAGAGACCCGUCUACGAGAGGCCCCCCUUGGAUUUAAAUGCCCCGGGUGAAAUGGGGAGAGCCGUCAAACUGAAUCUGAACGGAGAGGAGAAGAAGAACGAGGAGGAGAGCAUUAAAAAGCAUCAGAUUAACACUUAUGUCAGUGAUAAAGUGUCGCUACACCGCAGGCUGCCAGAGAGAUGGAACCCACUUUGCAGAGAGCUGAAGUACGACUACCGGUCCCUGCCCACGACCUCUGUGGUCAUUGCCUUUUACAACGAGGCCUGGUCCACCCUGCUGAGGACGGUCCACAGCGUGCUGGAGACGUCGCCUGACAUCCUGCUGAAGGAGGUGGUGCUGGUGGAUGACUAUAGCGACAGAGCACAUCUGAAGGAGCCAUUGGAGACGUACAUCUCAGGUUUGAGGAAGGUGCGUCUGAUCCGGGCCACCAAGAGGGAGGGGUUGGUGCGGGCCCGGUUGCUAGGGGCGUCCAUUACUACGGGUGAUGUGCUGACCUUCCUGGACUGUCACUGCGAGUGUCAUGAGGGCUGGUUGGAGCCCCUCCUCCACAGAAUCAAAGAGGAGCCAUCGGCUGUCAUCUGUCCUGUCAUCGAUGUGAUCGACUGGAACACCUUCCAGUAUUUAGGGAACUCUGGUGAACCUCAGAUUGGGGGGUUUGAUUGGCGGUUGGUGUUCACCUGGCACUCUGUCCCAGACUAUGAGCAGAAACACCGUCACUCGCCCACCGAUGUCAUCAGGUCUCCUACUAUGGCAGGAGGCCUGUUUGCUGUGAGCAAGAACUACUUCCAUUACCUGGGGACAUAUGACACAGGGAUGGAGGUGUGGGGAGGAGAGAACCUGGAAUUCUCCUUCAGGAUUUGGCAGUGUGGGGGCAGCCUUGAGGUCCACCCAUGCUCCCAUGUGGGUCAUGUGUUCCCUAAAAAGGCCCCUUACUCACGGAGCAAAGCUCUAGCAAACAGCGUGAGAGCUGCUGAGGUCUGGAUGGAUGAAUACAAAGAGGUCUACUACCAUCGAAACCCCCACGCACGACUGGAGGCCUAUGGAGACGUGACAGAGCGGCGGAAGCUCAGAGAGAAGCUGGGCUGCAAGAACUUCAAGUGGUAUCUGGAUAAUGUUUACCCCGACAUUCACGUCCCAGAGGAUAAGCCAGGCAUGUUUGGAAUGCUGAAGAACCGGGGAAAGACCAACUACUGUUUUGACUACAACCCUGCGGAUGAACACAUGGUGGUGGGCCAGAGGGUCAUCCUCUACCCGUGUCACGGCAUGGGUCAGAACCAGUUCUUUGAAUAUUCCACGGAUGGCGAGAUCCGCUAUAACACGAGGGAACCUGCUGGCUGCAUUGUGGGCGACAAUAUCAGCACUUACCUGACUGUCCAGCUGUGCAGAAAACGAGGGCAACCUGUACCUGUAGACCAGAAAUUUGUCCUCCGAGAGGAUGGGAGCCUGUACCAUAUGGUGAGCCAAAAGUGCAUUCAGGCUGUGGACAAGACCGACAACGGGAACCCAGCCCCUUCGCUCCAACCCUGCUCCGACAGCCUCCUCCAAAAGUGGUUCUUUGAGGAGAGAAUGUAAUGGUAUCAACCUAGAAUAUAUCUACAAGUAUGUUUUUUCAUUCAGGACCAAUAUCCUGAGGGAUAUGGGUGGGUUGAAUUGCGUAAUGUUUUCCGAUGAGUUUGCCUUGCCCUAAAAGGAGCCCAAAAGGAAGGAAGCUUCUAUGCUCCCUUCCAAAUUUUAACCUUUGCACAUUUUUUUGUGCCAGCUGGAUUUAAUAGACCAACAGGAAAUUAUAUUAAUAAUUAUACUGAUGAAGUACUUUGUAAAUAUAUAUAUGGGAAUGUUUUUUUUUCGUGGAUACUGUUGCUGGGAGACAGGAGCCUGCUGGAAUAUGCAUUUAUUUUCUAAUCAAGGGGAUGCUUGAGAAUUGGUGAUAACCAGCACUAUCGUACAUGCUGAUUUUUUUUUAUUUACCCACUCCACUACUGGGGCAAUCUUUGAGAAUGAGAUCAAUUUAAUUCACUUCCCUAAUGCACGCAUGGACAAACACUAAAACACGCGUGCAUGUGUCUGAAUGAAAGUGACUGCUUUACACCGCUGUAAACAAACUCUUAAGAGCUGGUGGCCGACAUUACAGUGAUUUACACAACCACGUCAGAAGGCAUUUCAAAACAUCUGCGUCUUCGCCUGUAGAGGGGGCCAACGCUCCUCUCUGCGGCUUCCUUUCUUUCACUGUGUUCUCUGAUUGUUAGGAGAAAGUGGGACAAAUCUUCAGGUAUUUUGUGAACCUUUUCAGGACAUUUUGAGUGCUUGCUACUCUUACAUACCAGUGGCUUAUUUAAAAAAAGCCUUCGAUCACAGGCAUUAUGCAAGUACCUAGUACCUCUUCAACUUAAUCAUCUAACUACUGAUAACAGGAGAAACUCUUAUUAUGUUCUGCUUUGACUGAAGUCAUUUUGCAGUGCAAAUUUAACUGAGGUAAACUGACAUUGGUUGUUUUGGUAGUUUUGUAGUCAUUUUUGUAAUAUUUGUUUUUCAACAUAGUGUCUCUGUUUUGUGCUCUUUAAAUGAUAUGCAGCUACAAAAGACUAAAUCAUAGCCAUAUUUAAUGGAUUUACUUCAUGUGGUGUCAACUAUGUUUAUUUUAAACUAUGUAUUUUCUAGACAAGACUGUUAUUUCAUAGCUUCACUGGAGACGAAUCGCACCUUCAGUCAUAAAUAAGUUGGAAUUUAUUCACUGUGAGUGCAAAUACAUAAACACUGAAAUUGCAAGAAUUGGAUCUUCUUCCCCAUAUUACUUGGAGUCCAUAGACAGUGCCUGAUGUAAAAACCAUAUAAUUCUAUUUUAAGAUAUCCCUUCAGGUUCAGAGACGGAAAGAGAACAGUUAGAGUUGUCACAACGUGUCUGCACACUGAUAUGUAGGCUCCCCUGCUGAGAAUACAGUAUACAGAGGCAAGAAGGUAUUCCCUUGAGUGUGCAUGUAUUACUCUGGCAGCUUGUACUGAUUUGCGCACACUGCCUCUGUCUCCAUUCAUCAGAAUCAGACGAGUGUAGACCCCUCCGCUUGGAGCUGCGGUCACUUGUGUGGCUGUCCUUAAGGCUAUGCAGAGGGACUCAGGGAAACACAGCAGAGGCAUAGACAGUUGUUGGUGUCUCCAGAGUACUGGGAUGCCAGAUGGCGUCCUGAUUUAUUUUCUGGUCCUCUCCCAAUUCUUUAUCACCACCUCUCCCUCUCGGUGUCAGAGUUGUGCCGUGGAGGACUUAUCUUUGGACUUGCGCCAUCCAAAUCCUCCUCAGAUGAGCACUUGUUACUCGUGUGCUUGAGGUUUGAUUUAUGAACGGAAGUCAUCAGGAGUACGUUUUUUGACAGCAGAAGCAGAUAAUGGAGAAGACUGAAUGAAGCAAUUUGUGACCUCUUCCUUACCAUUAACCUUCACAGGCUGUUGGUCCAUCGGUCUCAACUGAGCUCUGUUAGGAAUUGAUGUUAGGGGACGAUCGCACUGAAAUAGAUUUUUGGUAUUGAUUCAGAAAGUAUACUCACAAUAAGAUAAAUGGGAGAUGGAGGGAAAAAGACUAUGUAACUAAGACCCCACGGAGGAGUACAAUCAGUUGCCAAAUAUAAUGAUUGUACAGUUAUCUGUAAAGGUGACGUUGCAGGAACAUGGUAACAUCUGUUCAUGUGAGCUCACAUAGUACAAGCCUAAAGGGACGGCGCAAGAUGUGUGCUUUACUUUCCACUCCGAACAUGUAUUGACAUUGAACUGGAAAAGAGCGUCAUGGGAUAACUGUGUAGCAUGAAGGCACAAAAUAUGUUCCAAGUGUAUUGGAAUAUGGGUAUCUUCAUCACUUUUUGGGCGGGUUAAAGUUCCCAGUGGUCCAUAAAGGCUUUUGCUGGCAUUAUGAGUGGUACAUGAUUGCACAGCUAAUGCUUGGUGAUAAGUGGAAUGGGCCAAAUGACCAGUAGGAAGAUUAUGGUGAUCUCCAUAGAGGGAGGGGUCGGGCAGCUGUCCCAGGAUUGCGUGAAUGUUUUGGGCGAUAAAGCUAAAAAGGGGCUGAUUGUGUACCACAACACUGCUCGAUCUUGGUCUCAAAAAGUUUGGAAAGCGGUUGUUUUGUUUUUUAGGUGUGUGUGCUCUCUGACUAGCCUGCAGACUCUCGUGGAAUUUCCCUGUUACGAUUUAAGACUGAAAAGCAGCUUCAAUGAGUAUCAUCCGUGAGGGAUCAGACUCAACAGGAACAGGUGAAAUUGCCCUUUUAAUACAGCGCUCAUGCUUUAUGUAUUGAGCACUUAAGAAGUGACAGCUUUUCCAUUUCCAUCAUUUUGUGUCUUUAGCCUGUGAGUGCAGUAUAAAUAUUAUAUUCUGUUAUUAAAAGGGGUUAUUUAUUGUCCCCCGUGGCCAUCUGUUAUUCCAGACAUGUCCUACAUAGUAAAACAUUUUUUACGCUGGCGUUAUAUUGUAUGCUAAUGUGAUAUGGUACUCGCAGCUACAGUCAAAUUGAUAUUCGCCAGUGGGGGAUCAUAUCUCUCUGGCAGGUCAUAUAGGGCUUUUAUAUCAACCAAACCUGUGUCGUAAACAGUAGUGAUAUUCCAGGGAUCUGCUCGAGCACUUGAACCUGUAAAGUGGCUUAUUGUACUGUGACCCAACCCUAAUGGACCAUGCAAAAGCAUGCACACAUCUUCUGUUUAUAAUGGUAAACUAUUCCCCAUUGGAGACAUUUCAGUUGUAUGAGUUGUAAACAUACACAAAUAAUAAUGCUGGAAUCUUAACACCGUGUCCGGUGUAUUAAUGCUGUCAGUAACACCAGUGGCCUUGUAGAGUGUAAAGUGAAGGAUAUGAUUAAUACGAUUUUUGUAUUUGUUCGAUCCAAUAAACGGAUCAAAUCUGAUGUCAAUGUACCUGUUUAACUGUUGUCAACUGAAAGUCAAAGUAAGUAAACAUACAUUUAAUGUUG